GUUAACGAUUGAUAUUUUUAUUUAAGUUUUCAUCGCCACUUGAUUCUAACACGGGUGGAGUAGCAUUCAAAAUGUCACGAACAUCCUUUUCUAGGAGUCGGAAGCACUACAAAGUUCAUAAAAUUUGUCAAAUUUUACCCAAAACCAUGCCACCGCUCAACCAAAACUACGUUGUCGACGAUCUGUUUGUCAAUCACACCGUUCCGACCACCAGGGAUGGUGAUCAAUCUGCGUUCUGCGGCAAAGAACCGACCAUCGAUGAUCUCACAAGACAAUUCACCGACUAUUCAGAGGAGAAAAAGUCUGUAUCCUUUCACCCGCGAGUUCAGGUUGCGUCGAUCCCCAAUCGCUGCGAUUGGUCGCAACAAGAGCGAGCCGCAAGGUGGAACUCUAGAGACGAUUACACGCGGUUUCAAAUUGAUGUAUUGAACACUGUCUACCUAUUGAGGAACGAUCCGGAAUCGAUAGAUGACACCAGUCACACCUUGAGAGGAGCCGAGUGCAGAGACCCAAUAGCUACGCGACGGCGGCGUCACACAAGAAGAGAAGCCCAGGACGUUGUUUUUGAACGGCAACACAUCCAAAGACAAGUGUAUGAUGAUCCAAAUAGAUUCGUCCACUUGGUUGCUAGCAUGUACUUCCAAGCGUCGAAGACCUCGAUGAGACUGGCUCUGGACGCUGCUUCACAAGAUGAAAUAGAUGCCAACAAAAUUCGACAAGAAGACAAAAUUCGACAAGAGAAACUCCAAAAAAAAGAUGUCAACUUUUUGGACAAGGAUUGGGCGAGCGUGUUCUCAAUAGACAAAGACAACAAUUUUCUCGGCAGUCCACCCGAGUAUUCUUUCGUCGACGACGACGAUGAGUGUGGUUUCUGCAUAUUGGGAGAAACGUCCGAUUUUGACAAUUCCUGGCUACGGGCAGAAAUCAUUUGAUUUGCAACUGGUAUAUUUGUUCAAGACGAUCGGAACAGACAGAAUAUGAGCAUGUAUUUUACU